GACUUCUUUGUGCCAGCUAACUUCCCUCAUGUUAUAGAUGCAGUUAAGAAAGUGGCUGGCUUGGAUGAAAGAACAAACGUCUUCAAAACGCCAUCUUUAGCACUCAAGUUGGGUCACAACCUCAAGAAAGUGGCAAAUGUUCUUGAAUGUGAGGCUAUGAUCUCAGGCGAUGAGAAUACCAUUCACAAUGUGCGAAUUUUCAAACAAAUCUGUGAGACCAGAUGGAGCGAGUGUGUCUCUUCCCAUGCUCUUAGGACUUUGAAUGAGGCUAAGUGGAAUGCUCCUCAGCUUAUUCCCUUUGCUGAAGACGUUAGGAAAAUGCACCAGUAUCUUGACACAAAAAGGAUGGAGUGCCAGAGGAACCUGAAGGAAGAAGCUGUAAAGAAGAACUGGGCUGAACUUGCCAAGAUCACGCUUUGUGAGGUGAUAAUAUUCAACCGGAGAAGAGAGGGAGAAGUAUCCAAGAUGCCACUGAACGCUUUCACCUUGAGAGAUACCUCUGUCACCCAUCCAGAUGUGGAGCUUGCUUUGUCAGAACUUGAAAAGAAGCUGUGUAAACACUUCCAGCGAAUUGAGAUAAAAGGCAAACGUGGCCGAAAGGUUCCCAUUCUCCUAACUCCUAAUAUGGCAUCAUCAAUGGAGUUGCUUGUCCAAAAUCGCCGCAAUUGUGAUGUAUUGGAUGAGAAUCCAUACAUGUUCGGGAGACCACAGACUCUCAAUCACUUCAGAGGAUCGGAUAUUAUUCGUGAGAUGGCUCAAAACUGUGGAGCAAAACACCCUGGAGCAUUGUCCUCAACCAAACUGAGGAAGCACAUGGCCACCAUGUCAAAGGUACUUAACCUAAAGGACAAUGAAAUGGACGACCUAGCUGACUUCCUUGGCCAUGACAUUAGAGUUCAUCGUCAGUAUUAUAGAUUGCCUGAAGGGACAUUACAGUUGGCAAAAAUCAGUAAAGUGUUGCUGGCACUAGAAAGAGGACAGCUCUCCCACUUCAAAGGAAGAAAUCUGGAUGAAAUCAGCAUUGAUCCACAAGAAAAAAUGUCUGUGGACAGUGGAUCAGACACUGAAGAAGAGGUUGACUCAGCUGAGAGGGAUGCUGGUACUUCAUCUUCCAGAUCACCAGAUAUGGAUGGCAACAAAAAAGUAGAAAAUGGUCAAUUUGGGGUGACCAGGAGAUGCACCACUGAAGUUGGACAAAGCAAUGAUCUGCCCUCAGCAAAAGAGAGGUCAGAUGACGAGGUACUGGCAGACAUGGAAGUCUCUGGCAACUCCAACACGACUAACGGCCCACCACAAAAGAAGAGACUGAAGUGGAACCAAGAAGAAAUCCAGGCAGUGGAGAAAACACUCAUGGACUGUAUUGACUCUGGAAAGGUUCCUGGGAAAGCCCAGUGUAUGAAGUGCAUUGAAACCUCACCAGUAGCCCUCAAGGACAGGACAUGGCAAGGGAUUAAAUUCUAUGUGAAAAAUCGCAUAGAUGCAUUAAAACGAGAGACUUUCAAAAGAAGGUAAGCGUUGACCUUUUUGUUACUGUGAAAGAAAACGGAUCAUUUGUUAGUGCCAUUACCACGCCGAUUCUGUUUGGAGUUUCUGCCGGUUUUGAAGUUUUGAGACAGCUGCAGUCAAGUUUUGUAAUGCAAGUAUGUAUGCAUACUGUAUGUUCAUGUUUAUUGAUACAUAUCAAUGAAUACAUUUCAUUUUAGUACAUGCAUGUUGGAUUGUAUGUAUAUUUUUUGCAACAAGAUACUGUAAGUUAUGCAAUAAAAUGGUUCACAUAGAACCAGAAAA